AUGAAGCUGCAUAAUAAAUUUCACAGGAAGAAGUAUGAUUUGUUCUCAAUUGUCCUCUGUUUCGUGCAGGUUAUUUUAGUAGGACAUGAUUUUGGUGGGGCAUGUAUAUCGUAUGCUAUGGAGUUGUUCUCUUCUAAAGUUUCCAAAGCUAUUUUUAUUGCUGCGGCUAUGUUGACUAGUGGACAAAGCACCCUUGAGUUGUUCUCUGAAAAGGUGGAUUCAAAUUACUUGAUGCAACAGGCUCAGAUAUUUCAUUAUGCUAAUGGGAACAAUCAGCCUCCAACUGCUAUUGAUUUCGACAAAUCUCUCUUAAAGGACUUAUUAUUCAAUCAGAGUUCUGCCAAGGAUGUUGCAUUAGCUUCAGUGUCAAUGAGGCCAAUCCCGUUUUCACCAGUUUUGGAGAAGCUCUCUCUUUCUGAGACAAACUAUGGCUCCGUGAGGCGUUUUUAUAUUGAAACUCCAGAAGACAAUGCUAUACCUAUUGCUGUACAGGAAAGCAUGAUAAAUAAAAGUCCCCCAGAGAGAGUAUUCCAUCUUAAAGGUGCUGAUCACUCCCCUUUUUUCUCAAAACCUCAAACUUUAAAUAAACAUCUGGUGGAAAUAUCAAAGAUCCCAUGA